UAUGAGUAAAGCUUUUCGUAGUAGUAUCUACGCAAGAGUAAUACAAGAAUACAAGAGAAUCAGUAACAGUUUCAACGACGCGUCUCGCUUGGGAAUAUCUUAUCGUAUGUUGCUCUUUAAAAGGGCAAUGAUACGAUGAAUACUAUUAAGUGUUUUAUAUUCGUGUUCGCAAUUAUAUGUAAUUCAUUUACUUUUGCAUAUGAUGAAUGUAAUGAACCACUUUUGGACAGAGCUCACUUAACGGCUACUACUUCAUUACCUAAUAGAGGUCCAAAAAAUGCCAGGCUCAAUGGUAAAAUUUCUUUUAUUUUUUCAUAGAAUAUAUUGCACUUUUUUUUUUUAAAUAUUUAUUCAAUGUUUCUU